AUGACGGCUUCGACAGAGAGGACGCCUUUGCUGUCGUCGCAAAACCAGCAGACUAACACGGCUGAAGAUGAGGCUGCUCUUGCUCAUGAGAGCGCCUUUAGCAUGUUCCGCGAUGUCGCGCACGGUGUGGACCCCAACUCGUCGGCCUUCAUGCCUCCGCCGGAUCAUUCCCAGGUGGCCGUGCCUGUGGCGGAGGAAACGCCCGGUGGCCGCUCGCUCGCGGAGCUUCUUUUGAUUAUGGGUGCCAUGUGGAUUGGUACUUUCCUCGCUGCGCUGGACAGCACGAUUGUGGCUACGAUUCUGUCCAAGGUCGGUUCCGAGUUCCAGGUGUCCAAGACGGUGGGCUGGCUCGGUACGUCGUACUUGCUUACGCAGACGGCUUUCCAGCCUCUGUACGGUCGUCUUUCGGAUAUCUUUGGUCGUAAGGCCGCUACGCUCUUCGCCUCGGCGGUGUUCUUGAUCGGCUCGCUGCUCUGUGGUCUCUCUCGCACGUUCUUGCAGCUCUGCAUUGCUCGUGCGAUUGCUGGUAUCGGUGGUGGUGGUCUUACCUCGAUGGCUACCAUCGUGACCUCGGAUCUCGUUAGUCUCAAGGCCCGUGGUACCUGGCAGGGUCUCGGUAACCUUGUGUACGCUGCCGGUGCCGCUCUCGGUGGUCCGCUGGGUGGUGCCCUGGCCGAUGGUGGAAUUGGUUGGCGCUGGGCGUUCCUGAUCCAGGUGCCGAUCUGUAUGGUGCACUUCACCGUGGUCGGCUUCAAGGUGAACAUUCCUGCCGGCCCUGGUAGCAUGGUCGAGAAGCUGCGCCGCAUUGACGUGUGGGGUGCCUUGACGCUCGUGCUUGCCAUUACUGCUAUGCUGGUGGGUCUCAACAUGGGUGGCAACGAGCUCCCAUGGACUCACCCUAUCGUCAUUGUCUCGUUGCUCGUGAGUGUUGUGCUCCUGGGCGCCUUUGUGUACGUGGAGCGCAGUGUGGCCCGUGAGCCGUUGAUGCCGAUGUACCUGUUGUUCCACCGCACGCCUGGCUUUGUGUCGUUGGCAUGCUGGUUCAUCAGCAUCAGUCAGUUUGGUAUUCUCUUCAACGUGCCGCUGUACUUUAUCGCUGUCAAGGGCUCGGCUGCCUCGGCGGCUGGUAUGAAGCUCAUGCCGAACGCCAUCACCGCGUCGGCCUGCUCGCUGGGUAGUGGUCUGAUCAUGGGCCGCACCGGCAAGUACCGCAACAUUAUGCUGUUGGGUGGUCUCUGCGCGAUCCUCGGCCCUCUGAUGAUGUGCUUCUGGAACGGCCGCACUACCUCGGAGUUUGUCUACUGGCUUACGAUGCCAUGGGGUGGUGCCGGUUUCGGCAGCACGCUGACCAUCACGCUGGUCGCAUUGAUUGCCUCGGUCGACCCGAAGGACAUGGCCCCGGCUACGGGUGUCACCUACCUGUUCCGUGCCGUGGGUUCCGUGCUGGGUAUUUCGCUCUCGAACACCCUGCUACAGAACUCGCUGAGCUACUACCUCCGCGAGCAGAAGAUCCCGAAGGAGAUUGCCGAGGCUAUCCGCGAGGAUGUCGGUACACUGCCCAAGCUGACCGGCAAGCUUGCCAAGCACGCCGUGCGCGCUUACGAGAAGUCGAUGCACGUCGUGUUCCUUUGGAUCCUCUUCACGGGUGCUUGUGCUUUCUUGUGCCUCUACUUCAUUGAGGAGAAGCCGCUGCCUGGCCACGCCCCGCAGCCGCAACGCCGCGAGGAGUCGGAAGAGUAA